AUGACAGGAGCCGCCCUUCUGUUGCAUGGGCGGGUGGCGCCUGGCGCUAUGCGGCAGCCGCCAUCUCACCGCCGCCGAAGCUGGCUACGCCGCCGUGGAUGGGGAGGCCCUCGCGGUAGCCUGGUGUCUCCAGAAGGCGAGGCUGUUCCUGCUGGGGUGCCCCAACCUCACCGUAGUGACAGACCACCGCCGUUAACCAAGUUGCUGGGGGAUCGGGCCCUUAUGGAAAUCUCCAACCCCUGUCUCUUCAGGCUGAAGGAGAGAACCCUGCAGUACCGCUUCAGGGUCAAGUAUCUUCCGGGGAAGCGUAACAGUGCGGCAGACUUCCUGCCACCAUACCCCGCCUUGAAAGCCGAUCCCAGCACCCACGACGUGGACCUCGACGAGGACCUCACCGACGCCAUAGCAGCCGCUAACUUGGCAGCAGUAGAGCACGACAGCUGCGUCGUGGACGAGGCGAGUGCCGCUGUCAGCAACCCCGUGUAUCAGCUGCUCAUGGCCAGGGUCCUGGCCGGGGACUGGGCCGACAGGAAGUCCCAGGAAGUUGCAUGCCUUCGGCCCUUCUAUGGUGUCAGGGAGAGGCUGGCCAUCAUCCAAAACUUAAUGACAUACACAUUCGAACAGAGCAACGUCUGCCUAGUUAUCCCGGAGCCUCUUCGUCAGCAGGUGGCUGCCAACCUACACGCGGGGCACCAAGGCCUGGACUCUAUGCAACACCGAGCGCGCCAGACGGUAUACUUGCAUGGACUCCAGGGGGACCUGCAGUAUCGCCGCUCCUUGUGCGAAGAAUGCGACGUUCACGCACCAUCCCAGGCCGCAGAAGAAGUCAUCAUCACGCCGCCCCCUGGGUACCCCUUCCAGAUGACGGAAGCGGAUAUGCUCCAGCACGACGGACACAUAUGUACAUGGCCUACGCAGACAGGCUCACAGAUUGGUACCUGCUCCUCUCACAUCAAGACCCAGCUACGUCGCUACUUCGCCAGGUGGGGGGCCCUGGAGCAAAUCUCCACGGACGGUGGCACUAAUGUGGCAAGCGAGGAAAUGGGGGAAUUUUUCAAGUUAUGGGGCGUGUCCGUGUGGCUAUCAUCCGCCCAGUACCCGCAGUCCAACGGUAGGGCAGAGGCCGCACUCAAGGUUGGGAAGCGGAUAAUAAUGGCCAACACGGGCAGCGGCGGCAACCUCGACACGGACAAGUCCUCUUUGGCUAUGCUACAGUACCUCAACACACCCCUCCGCAGAAUAAAUAAGUCACCCGCCCAGAUGGCAGCAGGCAGGCAGCUCUGA